UGCCAUUGCCUCUGCCAUUCCAGUUCGCGUUUGUUGCCCGUGAAGGAUGCCUUCUGCCAACCCUAAACUAGAAAAACAGGCCUCUACGGAGGCCACCGACCCAAUACGCCAAGCCAUAAUCGUUAUCGAACACAAGAUAAGGAAUUUGGAGAAGCGUAAGGGUAAGCUAGAGGGGUACAGGGAUCUACAAAAGAGCGGCAGGGAACUAGACAAGGACCAGAAAACAGCUGUAGCUAAGUACGAUGAGGUUUUACAGACACUUGACAUCACGAAGGAUUUGUACAAGGCGAUUGUUGGAAUUGCAAAUGACUCAGUUAAACAGCAGAAAAAACUCGCGAGGAAGGAGGCUUUGGAGAGGACGCAGCAGGAUAUCGCCAAGGUUCGAGAAGUCCUCCUAAUCCAGGAUGUCUUGAAUAACAUCGGUGCUGAAGUAGCCCGUGAGGAUUUCCUCGCAGGCAACAACGGUGCGUCAAAGAUCACCGAGGAGGAUCUGAAGUCCCUGGACGAUCUCUACAACGAAAUAACCGCAAAACGUCACUCCGAGUCCUCAGACACUCCAUUCCCCCAACAACUCCAGAAAGCAGCGGAGCACUACAUCGCUAUAAUCGAGGGUAAACAGAGGGAGUUCAUUGGUACCACUUACCUCAAACUGAAGGAAAUAAUAACAUCGGUCCAUCAGUGUGGUUACUUCGAUCAGGCGCCGGCACAGGAAACUGAAACGACAAUUGAAGUGACAACUGAAGCUGUUUCUGAGCUUCGAGUUAAUGAUGCACCAGAGACAACCGAUGACUACACCACAGGCGAUGUACACAUUCCAGCCCCCGAAUCAAUGAUCCCAAUGUCCAACUUUCCAGUUCAAGUGACACCAGUGCCAGUUGUAUCAGCCCCAGGACCAAUUCCAGUUGUUCCCCAGGCAAUUCCCCCCCAUCCAGCACCAGUGGAGACUAAUUAUUACGGCAAUUCAGGAGCAUUUGUACCACCACCGAGUCAAACACAACCACCAGCACAGGCCCAACCGCCUCGUAUCAACGACGUCAUCGGUGGCACACCAAAUUUUUUCUUCCUCCAGGAGUCAGAGCUCGAUACACCGGAGGUUAACAGUCAACAACCUAUCGUACCACACAUUCCACCAGUCAAUGCCCCCAUACCCACCCAGACAUUCACCAAUCAGAGCUUCAGUGGGCCACCUGUGCAAGUGCCACAGCAGGUGAUUUAUCCCCAUCCACCGCAGGACAUCAGUCACAUUCCUGGAUUUGCUAAUCCAAAUCCACCUCCGCCUAUACCUAUGCCACCAUCCCAUCAGGGGACUAUGCAGUACAGUCCACAACAUCCAGCGGGAUAUCAGGGACAGGGGAUUCAAGGAUAUGAGGGAGUUACUGAGGCUGAGGCACAAAUUACUGGAGAGGAAAAAGGCGAGCAACGCCAGGAAGAUCCAUCAGUCGUAACAACAGAUGUGGAACGCCCCAGUGAACCGGUGGACUGGUGCCAGAUGACCGACAACGCUGCUAUCAAUGAAUGGAAUUCAGCGGACGUUGAUCAACAACAAUCUGGCCAGCAGGACUCGCAGAGUGGUCAGCAGGCCUGGGGUGAACAGCGGAGUGGUUACAGGGGUCGUGGGGGAAGACGAGGCAAUUCCAAUGGUUACAAUGGUAGGGGAAGGGGUUCAAAUGGCGGUUAUCAGCAGAAUGGACGCGGAACUGGUCAAGCUAACUACUACCGACAUGAGAACAGCUACCAAAACGGUUACCAACGCAAUUAUCACAAUGACGGUAGUACCGGUGGUUACAACGGCAACUUCAAGCGCACCGGUGGUGGCACAGGAGGAACCGGUGGCUCUCGAGGUGGUCCACGAGGUGGCGAACGCUCAGGAAUGGAUCGCGGUCGUGGAGGACAAUUUCGAGGUCAGAGAGGCGGCGGAGCUCGUGGAGGCUAUGCACCACGAAACAACAAACCGCAGGCGCAAUAAUAACUUUCACCAACGCAACAAGUAAACAACACAAACGUCUGAAAAAAAAGUUGAAUGAAAACAGUAAAAUAAUACACACGCAGUCGUAAUUGUACCACAGGUCAGACCUCGGUGAAUUCGUUUGAAGCAAAAAUUUUCAAAACGUCGACUCUUCCCAUUCGUUUGAUAAAUUAGUGGGCCAGAUUACCAAGUGUUAUUUAAAUUUCUUGUAAUGUUGAGGACGUCAUCCCCUUGACUUUUGAAUUUUGAUUUAAACGAAUUACUGAAUUCGAUUGAUGAACGAGUGAAGCAGUGGCUCUCUCAUCGUUUGACACAAUGUGGUACGAUUGUUAUGACAAGAAUAAAUAAUUAAACUACACACGACAAUUGCUGGUGUAUUAAGCGAAUUGGCUGGAUUCAGCGAUGUUGACACUAAUGGGAAAAGAAGUAUGAUGAGAGAAUUAGUGAAACACCAUGCAAGUAUUACUGUGUUGUGACAGAAGGCAGUUUUCACAGGGCAACAACAGCUAAUCAACAAAGAUUAGGGAAAAAAAUGAAACAAAUUAAUAAUUUUAUUAUAUUAAAGAAUCUUAAUGAAGGAUAAUACAAAGUGAAUGAUGAGAAAACACGCAUUUCAAAAAAAGGAAAAAAAAUGUAAAAAAAAGAGAAAAUAUAUAUUAAAAAAAAAAUGAGGACAUAGACACACGUGCGCGCAUUAAAUUUUUUGAUUGAGAAACGUAUUUAAUGUACAUCGAUUCAACAAACGUGGUUGGGGGUGUAGACACGUGAGAUUAUUCACAAAGUAUUCACACGUGGUUUAUUGAUAUCUGAGAAUAUUUAUUUUUUAUUGGCUCAGUGGGAGAGUAAUAAACUGAAUUUUUCAAUUUGUCAGAAAAUCAUUGAAUUUUUAAAAAAUUAAUUUUCGCAGAGUUCGAUUUCCUAAAUGAGAGUAAAACAACUCCUGUAAAAUUUCCUCAUUAGAUCGAGAAUUUCGCGAUAUAAUUUAUUAAAUGAUUCAAUGUACGCGUUUCAAAACGAAGGAGAUGUUUUUGAGAGUUGUCUCAUCGUCAUUUAUUUACAUAAUUUUAUUAAAAAUAGUAUGAAAUUAAUGAAUUACAUAAGGUAGAAUAAUUCAGUUUUACAAUCUCCCACUGAAUUCAAUGAGUCAAUAAUUGUUGAUAUUGAUUCAUUAAGAACGAUCAGACACUAAUUACCUGGAAUCCCCACAGCUCCGUAUUUGACUAAUCGACUCAAUAUUUAUUCUCCCUUAAUUCGUUGGCGAAACAAUUGAAGUAAAUUAUCAAUUCAUCAUCUAUUCUUUUCUUUGAAUGUUUGAAAUCAGACAUUGUUUCGAAUAAAAUAGCAUCCGAUUUAUGUCAAAGUGAAAUAAAAAUGAAUUGAUAAUAUUUUCCACUGGGUUUAAUGCGUUAAUAAAUAUUGAUGCUGAUCAGCAAAAAGUGAUAAUUCAUCGCAAUUACUCCAGCAAUAUGUGAUCGUCCGCACGAUAAAUGAAACAAUUUAAUGAAUGAAAUCAAGGAUUAUAUCGCUCACGAAAACAAAUAUUCUCAAUUUUUGAUUGUUAUUUUUUUUCCAGUUGUACGUAGGAAUAUUCGUGCCUGAUUUCGUUUGUUCACGGAGGAUAUUUUCAUUUAUCACGGGAUAAGUUUAAUAAAUAAUGGAGAAUACGGUGAGACUUGAUACAGAGCCCGCGACGUUUUAGAAUGUAAGUCGAUUAAAAUGUACAAUUUAUCACGGAGGAAGUAGUUGGAAUGCGCCAAGUCAAAUAAUUAAAAAAAAAAGUUCUAUAUUAAAAAAACAGUGAAAAUCGUGCUCAUCGACAUUCAUCGACAUUGCACGGCACACGAAUGACGAGAUAAUAUGUGAAAAUAUGUACCGUAUUGUAUUUUGUUUGUACAUUUGUGUUUAAUCACUCCCUUGUUCACUUUAUUAAUGAUUCAUUGCUUUCGAGCCGUUUUUACGAAUUACCUAUGUAUCUUCCAAAAAAAAAUAUCAACUACGAAUUUCUCCCCCCUGCUAUUAGCCUACUAUCACGCUCGGUGUGAAAAAAAAACAUGUUCGCUUAGUUCUUUAAGAUGUUCUCAAGAAAAAAAAAAUGAAGAAAAAAACGUUUAAAUAAAUAACAAAUUGCCAGCA